AUUGGCUUUGCAGUGCGCAUCCGGGUCCGCGUCAGGAAGGCCCAAGUUUCCAUCGCGCGAGGCUGAGCCACACGGCGUGCGAGGCUCCCCCAGCAGCACGGACUCGGAUCUCUGGGAGGCGCCCCCAGAGCUCCGAGGACUCGCCCCGCGUCGCGCGGUUCUGCCGACACCUGUUACCUCAAAGAGGACUUCGCCGCCCGCGCCCCCCGCCCCCACGUCCUCUGUCAGGCCCGGGAGCGCCGUCCGCAGCGCCGUCGAGGUGAUGGGCAGCCGGCCCCGCAGCCCCAGCGCCUGCCUUGCGCCCUGGUGGGGACAGCAGCCAGGAGGACCAGGCCCUGCCAAGCGCAGCCGAUUGGAGGAGCCCACGGGCCCCGAAUCCCGCGCGGCGCCCAGCCCGGAAGACCCGGCGGGGACCCCGGCCGUGGACGCGCUCACCUCCGUGGUGGUCCUGGCCGCAGGCUGUACCCUGCGUGUGCACCUGGAGGACGUCGACUUGGUGCUGGAGCUCGCGCCAAUGUCGGUCCUGCGAGUGUCUCUCGGUGGACACGCCCUCAUCGUGAUCCCGGAGGUCCUCCUGAGCUCUGUCGACGAACGCUCAGGAGCGCAGGGCGACUGGUCUGCCGGCCUGGAAGUGGACGUUUUCCUGGGCGCUCACGGGGAAGACGUCGUCUUCGAGCAGGAAGUCUGCGCAUCUGUCCCAGAGAUCGCUGCCCAGGAAGAGGCCUACGAGAAGGACGCGGACUCUGAAUUCCCGGAGCUCUGGAUGGACUCCGCAGCCGGCCCAGCCGCUGGGCUCUACCCCUCCGCUAGAAGUAUGUUCAGCCCCUACCGGGAGGGCCCCAUCCGAGGGCCCUGUGCUCUGGCCCCCAAACCCAGUUCAGAGAGACGCUCUCCACGCCCCAUCUUCGACCUGGAAUUCCACCUUCUGGAGCCUGUCCCCAGCUCACCUCUUCAACCUCUACCUCCCUCUCCGAGUCCAGGUCCCCACGCGCGCCCGGAGCUCCCAGAGCGCCCUCCGUGCAAGGCCCGGAGACGCCUGUUCCAGGAAUGAGUUGCCUCCCACAAUCCCUUGCCACCUGCUGGGCUCCAGGCGACUGUCUGCUGAUAGCCGUUGUGUGUAUGUUGCGCAACCUACAAGGAUCUGGGAGAGUGGAUAACGGAUAGAUGCUUUUUUGAUACAGGCUGCGUUGCAGAAUUUUGGAUCAGUGGCUGACUUAGAAAGUCUGGAAAAAAAGAUCCUCCUCAGCGUAAAAAAUACGCUAGUUGAAAUACAGUCUACUUUCAGACUGUGAGAUUGCUGCUUCGGGCCUGUUUUGUUUGGAAGUCACCCCUAGGCAGUUCCAUUCCCCUUGGUUUUGCUUUAAACCUCAGUUCCAGCACAUUUCUCUAAAAAUCCUCCCUUUCCCCAGCACGUUACCAUGGCACCCCUUUUCUCCCAAGUUAAUUUACUAUAUUUAUUUUGUUUAAUGGGUUUUGGCCCUAGUCUCUGGGCUAGUUUAUGACGACCUUCUCACCAUGGAAUUUUUCCCUAUGGUGGCCUGAGCCCUUUCGCGUGAUCUUGCAAAUAGUUGUACCUGGACAAAUGUUUGUUGUUUGCAAAACAGACAGAACUCGGAAUAAUGAUCAUGUACCUUCCGUUUUUUCAUAAUUGGCUUAGCAAAUUGUUUAUGUUAUUGGGCUUGAUUUUCCCCCCAACUCUUAGAGAGCCAGCUCUUUUCCAUUCAUUUCUUCUUGUAUGUUUUUAAUAUAAUUAUUUUAUCCUGGAAAAGCUUAUAAUUCUAAGACUCUGUGUGUAUAUGUGUGGUGUGUGUGUGUUGUUUGUUUGUUCGUUUUUUGAGACAAGAGUUUCGCUCUUGUUGCCUAGGCUGGAGUGCAGUGGCACAAUCCCAGCUCACCGCAACCUUUGCCUCCCAGGUUCAAGCAAUUCUCCCGCCUCAGCCUCCCAGGAAGCUGGGAUCACAGGCAUGCGCCACCACACCCAAUUAAUUUUUUAUUUUUAGUAGAGACAGGGUUUCACCAUGUUGGCCAGGCUGGUCUCAAACUCCUGACUUCAGGUGAUCCAUCCACCUCAUCCUCCCAAAGUGCUGGGAUUACAGGCACGAGCCAUCGCACCCAGUCGGAAAUAAUUUGUUUCUUAGGUUGAUGUUGUAUCAAAUGCAAUUACUGAAUUUCUUUAAUGGUGUAUGUGUAGAUUCUCGAUUGAUUGAUUGAUUGAUAAAAACAAUAUCUCCAAAUAAUGAGAAUAUUGUCUCUUUUGACAAGCUUCUUACAUCUUAUUUUUCUUUAAUCUUUUAUAUUGGACAUUACUUGAAGUCCAGGUUGAACAGUAUGGUUAAUAUGGGCAUUCCUGUUUUAUGCCUUGUGUUAAUGCUUCUAAAUUUUACCAUAAAGUAUGAUCUUUACUCUACAUGGUUGUUAGAUGACCCUUAAUCUAUUGAAGCAGUUAAUUUCCAGUCUUUCAGAUCAUGAAAAAGUGUUGAAUUUUUGCUUUGUUUUUGCCUAAGUUACUACAAAGAUGUUAUCAAGUUGUUUUAAAUGUUGACAUUUAAUUAUUUGUGUGUAUACAAUAAUACAAUACAAUAGCUAGAUGGAACCUUUGGGCCAUGAGAGUACGUACAGAAACCUGGCAAGAGCGCUAUUGAGACCAGGCUUUGGGCUUCAGGGAUUUCAAACAAUUGGAUGCUUUAUGAAGACUUGAGAAGACACAAGUGGAAGAAGAAAGGCAGUAACUGCAGGGUCCAUUUAAGGUUUUAAAUGUUAAAAAUUUAAGAAAUUUUUUUUUCU